AUGUUGGGCCAGAGUGUUGGGAGGUUCACCACCUUCUUGAUUCAUCGCAGCCACUACGAGGAGGUCCCAGAGAAGAAUUUGCCUUUUUCGGUGGAAAACAAGUGGCAGUUACUGGCGAUGAUGACUGUGUACUUUGGAUCUGGAUUUUCUGCUCCUUUCCUCAUUGUAAGGCACCAGCUUCUUAAAAAAUGA